AUGGCAGCCUGCGAUGCAAUUAAGCUCGAGCUGCCCGUGGAUGUGAAAACAUUUAAAUUCACUUUCGAGUGCAGAACACCAGGACCCAUAACCAUUGAAAUAUCUAUCCAAAAGCCUCUCCAGAUGCUAAGCCCACAAGCAGGUACUGUCAAGGGUCCCGACAUUAGCGGCAUACACACCGAGGUGCCAGGAGCAUUAAGCAAUUGGUUGGGCGCUGUUGAGGCAGGUCCUCCACCAGAAGACAUACAGCAUGCGGAGUCACUGCAGCUCGGUAGGGAUACAGUGGAGCAUCCUGCAGGUGCCACUGAAAGGAUCCAGGCGCAGGCUACAUGA